AUGGCUACUGAAGGAGCCCCCGUGCAGAGCCGUGCAGCUUCAGAUCGGGAGACUGCCCAGCUAGUCAAAGAACACUCGCAUGCAUUCCAGAAUAGGUUAAACACAACUCAGACGGAUAGCCCGGCUAUUCCUGAAACAACGAAGCCCGAUAUAAACAUCGACCACUCAAAGGCAGAGGCAGGGCUUGAGGCACCCAAGCCCGCUGAAAUCGAGCCACCUGUGACAGAGCCCGCAGGAUCUGCUGUCGGCAGUAUUCCUAAUGCCCCUGAGUCGCAGGAUUCAGUAGGGCCCAAGGAUGAAACAGUGGUGGGUGAGAAGCGUGACAUUGAUUCAACUGUGACGCCCACUCCGGCUCUGGCUGACGAUGAGCAACGAAAGCCUGAGCCGUCGGAUGAGCCCGAUACCAAGAAGCUGAAGACAGACGAAAAGCCUGUUACGGAUUCCAAUGGCACUGCUGCUGCUCCCUCCAAAACAGACAGUGGAACACAGAAGAAGGCUAGUCGGUCCAAGAAGGAGAAGAUCAAGGAUGCCGUGAACAAGGUUAUCCCAGGAGAUGGCAUUGGUAGCCGGACUCGCAGCCGGACCAAGGGUGCUUGA